ACACUUAUUAGGCUAGUCACGUGAGAUUCUAAUUUGAACUUUAGGAAGCGGCCGUCUGCAACAUAAUUCUUCAAUGAGUAAAGGCAGUGAGAUCAGUCUACCAUUGUCACGCCCUUAUAUCACCAACGCUCCAGGAAAAACCGUUUACGUCUACGGUGUGAUAUUACGUGAUCCUGUCCACUUUGAUAUUGAUCUGUUUACGACUCCAGAAGGAGACGACAGUGGAAUCGCCCUUCACAUCAGCGUUCAAUCAGCUGAAAACGCUGUCUUUUUUAAUUCUAAGAUCGACGGUGUGUGGGGUGAACAGCUGAAAGCAGAUACAUUUCCAUUCCAAACAGCACAUAAGUUUUUGCUCACCAUAGCAACCACAAAAGAAACAUAUGAGAUCAAAGUGAACGAGACACAUCUUUAUUCCUUCAAGCACAGAGUGCCGCCACAAGAGGUGAAACGCUUUGGCAUCAGUCAGCAAUCAGAAGAUGGAGUCAAGAUUACUCAAGUGCUUGUAUCAGGUUCGUGGACUCUUCCCUCACUAGAUGAUGUGCCGGUGGUGUUAGCCAGCGCUGUUUCAACUGUUCCUCAAAAGUAUAUAUAUGUACAGAGUGAUGCAAGAACUGUUGGCACUACUGCAACCAGUUCAAGUGCUAAAGCGAGAUUUACUCUCACUGGUAACAGCAAUCCGUACAAGCUAAGAAACGAUAGAUUCUCUGACAAAUUUUUGACAAUCAGAGAGAAUGAACUCUUUGCUGAACUUGAUGGUAGUGCUGGUUCUUAUGAUGAGUUUUAUGUCAGACAAACCAAUGAUGAAUACUAUACUUUUGAGUCUAACGAAACUUCAGGGAGCUACAUUGGCGUCAACCAGUCAGGAAAUAUUGUACCACCGGACGAAGUAGACGGUUCUGAAUCCAAUUUCUACAACGGUCUGUAGCCGUACCAAUCAUCGCAGCUGCAAGGUUAGGUGUCGAACUGGAUGCAAGGGACAUCAGUUAUAUUAUCUAGCUAUACUUUGACGAGUGUAGCUGCGCGCGCGCGCGCGUGUGUGUGUGUGUGUGUGUGUGUGUGUGUGUGUGUGUGUGUGUGUGUGUGUGUGUGUGUGUGUGUACCAGUAGCAUAUGUAAGAAAUUGACUUGCGUGUUUGAAUGCUUUGUUAUGUUCUAGAUACUGAUUAUACUCACUAAUUGCAUGAUUAUGUCGUUUCCUUGCUUUGACAAAUUACUACGUUAAUU